ACCCCAAUCCAUCUACAUUUUUUUCCCUGAAUUUCCCGUUUGCUUGUUCAUCUCUCUCUUUGAUUUCUUUGUUGUAAUUCCACCAUGUCUGUCAUCGGAGAGGCUGCUUUUUCUGCAUUUUUAGAGCUGUUGUUUGGCAAGUUGGUUGACUCUGUACUCAACUUUGUGGUCGAUCACAGGCAAGUCCACCAGCAACUAAAGCUGUGGCAAUCCAUAUUACCCGAGAUCAAAGCUGUGUUGAACCAUGCAAAGGAGAAGCAGAUCAAGGAUGAGGACGAGGGUGUGAAGAAUUGGUUGGACGAUCUCCAAGACUUAGCUUACAAUGUGGAUGACAUCUUGAACGAGUUCGCUUACCAGCAGUUACGUCUCAAGCUCCAAAAACUCAAGCUCAAGCCUGCACUAGUAAGCUUCAUCGCUCAAAACAAUUUUCUGGGUAAAUUUGGUUUUCUCUCUUCUCUCUCUUCUUGAUUCCUUUUCCAUUUCUUCAUUUGCCUUGCAUUUCAGUUUGAGUACUCAAAGAUUUCUCAUGCCUCAGAUUUCCUCAUUUCUUUCCUAAGGUCACAAGUUUUUCACUAAUUUAUAUCUUUUCAUUUACAAACUCUGCAACUUUUAAGUGCCAAAAUGCCUAGAUCAAGUAGGGGCUCAAAAGUGCCACAAAGGCAAUCUCCUCGAGGAUCAAGUUCUGAUUCAUAUCCUCUGCGUCAUCGAGCAAUUACCGAUAGUAGUAGUCCCAAGCUCAGAGAAUGCCGUUCCCGAAGUGGUACUCCCCAAUCAGGUCCACUAAAUCAGAAGAAACUUGGCACUCGCAUUGCAGAUUUAGAAACUCAACUAGGGCAUGCACAGCAAGAGCUGAAGAUUUUGAAGCACCAGUUGGAUUCGGCAGAAGCUGCAAAGAAAGAAGCUCAAGAACAAUUGGAAAAGAAGACCAAGAAGCCAAAAGCUCCCCAAAAAACUCAUGAUUCUAAGAAAACACACAGCUGCAGCCUCAGAGAUGAAUUUCCCGAAGAUAAUCGACGAGAAACGGAUGUCUUUGAAGUCCCAAUGGAAAAAGUAGCAAUGGAACCUAAGCUGGAAGUUGACACAACAGAUGCAAUAGAAACCUCAAUUGAUCCAACAACAGCAUUGGAGCCAGAGAAACCACCUUCGAAUGACUUGGCUUUGAAAGAUGAUGAGAUCAAUGUGCUAAAAUCCAAGCUAGCGGAGAAAGAAAAUGAGGUUAUUGCGUAUGCUCAAGAAAAUGAGGACCUGAAAAACCAGUUGAAUGAAGUGACAACAAAUAUAUCAACUGCUAAAGCCAAGAAAGCAGAAAUGAGCUUAAGUUUGAGACUAGUUAAACAAGAGCUAGAAGCAAGUAAAAAAUUGGCAGCUCAAUUGACGGAAAAACUCCGAUCCGUGGAAGGGCGAAGGGAAGCACUGGAAGAAGAGAUGAAGAAGCUAAGGGUACAAACAGAACAAUGGAGAAAAGCAGCAGAUGCUGCUACAGCUAUUCUUUGUGGAGGUGAGGAAACAAAUGGGAGGCUCUCCAACAGAUGUAGCUCUAUGGAUAAUAUUCAUUUCGGUGGUGUGUACACAGGUUAUGUUGGAUCACUUGGCUUGGAUGAUGAUGAUGGUGAUGGUGAUGGUUUCCGAACUGAAAAACGAAAGGGCUCCGGGAUCAAAAUGUUUGGAGACUUGUGGAAAAAGAAAGGUCAGAAAUGAAAGUGAGUCUCUGUGAUAUUCAGGGAAUGGUAUUUUUAGCUGUUCAUGUAUAAUAGCUGAGGUCAAAUGUUUGAAUUGUUGGCCAUCUGAUCCUUAGUAGGUAGUAUGGUUCUACAGUGUUAUGUUUAAACCAUUAAUAAGGUGUAGUGUUAUUUAUAUGAUUAGGUAUGGGUUCAUAUGUAAUGCGGCCAUUCCUUUAAGCCAUGUGCAAAAAGCAAGGGUUGCCCAUUCCUUGAAACCCUGUGUAGAAAACUAGGGUCUGGGGCUGAACAAAAAUGAAAAGAAAUUGAUGACAACAAAAUUGGUUCCAAUAGUAGUAUUGGUUGGAUUUA